GCGAAUUCCCUCCUUCCACGGGACACGUUUGGCCGCGCUGCCAAGCAUAUCCCUUCGCCGCUACCCGCACCCAUGCGGCACAGACGUGGAACCCGUAGUACCUGAUCCGACACGCCCCCCCGCCUAUUUCAAUCCUCGGACCGCGGACCGGAUGCCACCUACCAUCUGAGCCUCAUUAACUCCAAAUCGAUCCACGCAAGAAGAAGAGCUAGCUAGUAGGACGAUCGUGCAGCAGCAGCCAGCAGAAGGUGAUCACGAGGUAGUAGUAGUAACGAUCAUGGAUCACGCGGCGGAGGCGCAGCGGACGGACCUGAUGACGAUCACGCGGCACGCGCUGAACGAGCAGGGGCGGCACCCGGAGUCCCGGGGCGACUUCACCAUCCUCCUCUCCCACAUCGUCCUCGGCUGCAAGUUCGUCGCAUCCGCCGUCAACAAGGCCGGCCUCGCCAAGCUCAUCGGCCUCGCCGGCGUCACCAACGUCCAGGGAGAGGAGCAGAAGAAGCUGGAUGUGCUGUCCAAUGAAGUCUUUGUCAAGGCGCUCGUCAGCAGCGGCCGCACUUGUGUUCUCGUGUCCGAAGAGAACGAGGAGGCCAUAUUCGUCGAUGCUCCCCUGCGUGGAAAGUAUUGCGUCUGCUUUGAUCCGUUGGAUGGCUCCUCCAACAUCGACUGCGGCGUCUCCAUUGGAACAAUCUUUGGGAUCUACAUGAUCAAAGAAAAGGACAACGCCACUUUGGAGGAUGUACUGCAACCUGGAACUGACAUGAUUGCUGCUGGCUACUGCAUGUAUGGGAGUUCAUGCACGCUUGUCCUAAGCACGGGAAAUGGUGUAAAUGGUUUCACUCUCGAUCCUUCCCUUGGGGAGUUCAUACUAACUCAUCCGAACAUAAAGAUACCAAAGAAAGGAAAGAUCUAUUCGGUCAAUGAAGGGAAUGCCCAAAACUGGGAUGCGCCCACAGCAAAGUUUGUUGAGAAAUGCAAGUUCCCCCAAGACGGUACAUCAGCAAAAUCCUUAAGAUACAUUGGAAGUAUGGUUGCUGAUGUCCACCGUACCCUGCUAUAUGGAGGCAUAUUUCUGUACCCUGCGGACAAAAAGAGCCCGAACGGGAAACUUCGUAUUCUGUAUGAAGUUUUUCCCAUGUCAUUCCUGAUGGAGCAAGCUGGAGGCCAGGCUUUCACUGGCAAACAGCGGGCCCUUGAACUCGUUCCUACAGAGAUCCAUCAGAGGUCUCCGAUAUUCCUCGGGAGCUACGAUGAUGUGGAGGAGAUGAAAUCAUUGUAUGCUUCAGAGUCAAGCACGGCCUGAUCUGGGUGUAACAGGAUCAGUGAGAUACUUAUCUUGUGUUCUUGACCUUGAUUGUAAUUACUCGUUAUGGACACUCGGUGGUACUCUGUGGAUGUAUCGGUCGAUAUAGCAUUGGGUCGGAGCACGGUCUCCGGUACCGGUGAUGCCGAGCACCUCCUUUUCGGUUCGGUGGAGGGCGAGGUGAUCGGUCCGGCGAUCGCCGGAGUGACUAUAGACACGAAGUGUUGACACGAGAGUUUACCCAGGUCCGGACCAUCCGGAGGUGUAAUACCCUACGUCCUGCUUUAGAGUUGUAUUUCUUAAUGUGAGUGUUACAGGUUGCCGGGGAGUUUCCGAGCUUUGCUA